CAUCCCUAAACCCCUAUUUUCCGACUAAAUUGUGAGUCAGUCGUUCUCUGUUUCCUCUUUUCAACUCCUCCUCUCUUCUGCUCAUCUCUUCUCUCAUUCUGUCUCUGCUUUCCCGGUGACUUUUGUAUCUCUUUCUUUAUGCAAUUCGAGGUUUGCAUAUUUACUGAUUCGAAGAACCGAUCGAGGCUUCUUAAACCCAACACGUGAGUUGGGUUUGGAGCUUUCUGUCUAUUCCUGUUAUUUAGUUUUGUCGGAAAUUCUUUUGGUCUCUCCUAUCUCUGGAAAUUUGAUAACUUUUCUUAUUUCUCGGUUUAUAAUGAACUGCGAAUUGUUUGCUUUUGAAAGUUUAGGGAUUUAGACUGUGAGAAGUUCCCAACCUUGACUGGCUUGGCAGAUCCUUAAGCUAUGCUGAGUAGGUUGUCAAGGCGUUGCUACUGCAAUUCUGUUCAUCGCCCAUGGCUGUUUCUGGGAUUGGGCAAUCCCGGGGACAAAUACAAAGGGACUCGACACAAUAUUGGGUUCGAAAUGAUUGAUGUUUUUGCUGAGUCAGUGGGGAUUCAGAUGAACCUGGUAAAUUUCAAGGCUAUAAUGGGACAAGGUUUCGUGGGAGAUAUCCCUGUUAUCCUGGCAAAGCCGCAAACCUACAUGAACUUGAGCGGUGAAUCAAGUGGACCUCUUGCGGCUUAUUACAAGUUACCUCUCAGUCGUGUGCUUGUGGUGCAUGAUGACACACAAUUGCCAUGUGGUGUUCUCCGUCUUCAAGAAAAAGGAGGCCAUGGAUGUCACAACGGGUUAAAAAGCGUAAUGGCCCAUUUCCGAGGCAACAAGGAAUUUGCAAGGCUACGAAUCGGAAUCGGAAAGCCCCCGGGACAAAUGGACCCAAAGGCGUUCUUGUUGCAGAAGUUCAGCAUGCCAGUUCGUGAACUAAUGGAUGGAGCUUUAGCUGAAGGAGUGGAAGCUCUGAAGCUGGUCUUGUCUAAAGACUUUGGAGAAAGCUGGAGAGUGUUCAAUGUGGAACAGAAGUACAAACACCUGAGACAACACACAGUAAUGGCACCUUGACCAAAAUGCUCUCACCAAGAUGACUACGUUUCAUCAAAGAUGGGUCAAAGAGAAAAAGAUACAAAAACAAUCUGAGACGAACGAAUUUACCAAGAAAAAGUGGACGAAACUGGCCAUUUGCUGUCAACUUCAUUGCUUUUGAGUAGUCCGUCUUAAAAGAAACAUCACACUAACCAACCUCAUGCUUCUCCAACGAACAUGUCACAGCCCAGUCAAGUGCUUUUAUCUCCGAAAACUAUGAGAAAUGUAUUUUAAAAAGAGGUUUAUAACAAAGAGAGACACAUGGAACCGGUUGAGUAGAAGCCAAUAGCAAAAUGCUUAAGCUAUGGUUUUUUUACAAUGGAGAGUGUCGCUGAAUAUUAGCAUUUUUCGAGUCAUCUUACAGGCUUUGCUAUUUUAUCAGUUUUUUUUGGUUUUGUUAUGUUUUACCGAAACUUUUGUAUGCUCUGUUUUUGGAGCUUGAUUCUUUGG